GCUAGGCCCACUAAAAACAACAACGAAUGAAUCAGGCAACACUGUAUUCGAUUGGAAUCUAUCCGGGAACGAUGGCUAAGCUCAAUCAAUGAUCGAUGGAACUCACGGCACACGGUUGUACGAUGGGACUCUCCGCAGCUAGAACCACCGUAAUAUUACUCUUCUUCCUCCUCUCUCACUUUUCAUUCACCAUCGCUAUCAGAAAGGAUAUCGGCUUCAAAUUCACCCCUUCCUGCAAAAAUACCGUUCAAGGCAGAUACCUUCUCUCCGAUAACAAUGGUUAUGUAUGCAAUGCUCUUUCGAUUGAUUCAAAGUCUCGCUGUUGUCCUCAAACCGGGAAGAAAUUCUCUUGUCAUGGAUGCAAUCUUCUUUCACAGUGUUGCAAUUCUUAUGAAUAUUGUGUUUCUUGCUGUCUCAAUCCUGCACUGACACGCAAGGAACAAGUGUUGAAGAUGAAGAUUGCUAAACCGGCUACUGCAAGGAGUUAUGAAAGUAUUUUUGACUACUGCACUGGGAGAUGUCGUCAUAGUUCUGAAAGUGUGGUUCAUGAAAAUGCUUAUCUUAGUGACCUCCACCACUGUUUUUCUCUGCCAUCAAAUUCUUCUGGGGCAAAUAGUACUCUCACAGAAGCAAGACUGAAUGGCAUCAAUGUUGUUGUUGGGAGGCAAGGUGAAUCAUGUAAUUCAGUUUGCAAAUCAAGAGGACAAUCAUGUGUCCCAAAUAAACUUGUGGUGCUUAAUCAUUGUGACAUUAUACAGAAAUACAUGAGCUGCAAAGGAGCUUGCUUGGCAAGUGUUGGGACAGAUCAACCGGCUGAAGUAGUUUAUGAUGCCCCCAAAUAUCUGAAUCCAGGAUCAUGUUUAUACACUGAAACACAAUCUAUACUUUCUUGUGAUGGUUCACAUCAGCACACAAAGAGACUGUGUCCAUGUGCUUAGUGUUUUUUGCCGGAUCUCAAAAUUUCUGGUAUACUAGAUUUGUAGCACUGGAAGGCUUGGUAUCGAAGUCGCAACUCUUGUUUUGAUGGUAUGAAAGGAGGAAACUCGUGAAAAGCAUCAACUUUGAGAAAUUUAAUAUACCGCCCAGUCUCCUUUAUGUUGUAAAAAUUUAGCUUAUUAGCUAUUUCUUUCACAAUUUGGAAAGAAGACUACAUUAGAGAGAAUGAAUAGAUACAAGGGAAAGAGAAUAGGCUAGAUGGAAAAAGGGUUACUCAUGUUUUAGUGAAUUAAAGAGAGAAGAAAUGUAGUGAUAAAAUGUUGUAAGUAAAUUUUAACGCUUGCUGUUAAUGAAUUUUUUUGUUUUUUACAAGAAACUAAAUUUAUGGAACAAAAUAAUAAUUGUAAGAGUUCAAUAGAAACAGCUGUAUUAUCCUUUA